AUGUGUAUAUGUGUAUAUGUACGUGUUGUGCAAGAGGACCCACGGAGAAGUGGCAGUAUCUGCAGUACACGUAGCUCCCGCAACAGAGGAGAUAUCCACACAUAUACACAGAAAGGCCACCUUUUCGUGUACGCCCUUUCCUAUCUCCCCAUCAACCUAAGCACCACAUACGCAUAUUACAUUGACUAUCAUUACCAUCCCUCAAAGAAAAACAAAAUGGACAUUCAGAAGAACCUGCACGAAAGCGACAUCGUGACGUCUGCCUCGGGGGUCAUAGCCCUGCUGAACGAAGAAGAAGCGAGUUUGAAAAUUUUCGGAUUGGAAAAACUGAAUGCCAUUGUAGAUGUAUAUUGGCCAGAGUUAGCAGAUUAUAUUUUUAAAAUAGAAGAACUAUGUGAGGACCAGAAUUUCGUUGGAAGAGAGCUAGCGAAUUUGGUGGCCAGUAAAGUAUAUUUCCAUUUAGAAAAAUAUCCUGAAGCGUUGAAGUAUGCACUGUGUGCAGGUAAGUUGUUUAACAUAAACGAGAAAUCUCAGUAUGUAGAAACCAUGCUAGCCAAAUGUAUAGAGAAAUAUGUGGAAAUUCGUGAGAUGAACUAUGAGGGUCAACCCAUAAGCAGCAAUCACAACGAUAGUGUCAUCCAUGAAAACAGUGUUCAUGAGGGAUCUGGGAGCAACCAGGAGAUUAGGAAUCAGAUGAACCAGAACAAUUAUGUCGAUGGAGACGCCUACACGAACCACAUUGGUUCAGACAACACAUACAACAGAAGCAACUUCAAUCUUUACAAUAAUCAAGAAACUGGUAACGGAAAAAUGGAAACAGAUACAGACAUUUUUAAGGAUGAUUUAAGUAGCGAAAUUCACCAAAAGAUGGAAUUGUUCGUUGAUGAAAUGUUAGAAAUUUGCAUGCAGAAUAAUAGCGUGAAGGAAGCCUUAGGAGUGGCCUUAGACGCUAGAAGAUUAGACAAAGUAGAAUAUAUAAUUCUAAACUGUCCUAAUAAAAUAGAAUUGUUACAACACUCCAUUGCAAAUGAAAGACAUAUUAAUACGACUAAAAAAUUCAGAAGUGAUUUCUUCAAACUGUUAGUUAAAAUAUAUCUUUCAAUGGACCCAGAAGAAUUAAAAAGUGAAUAUAUAAAUCUCUGUGAAUGUUUGUUCUACAUAAAUGAUUAUAAAAAAGUUGCAGAAAUUUUACUAAGUUUGAUUAACGACUACCACUUGAUGGCAUAUCAAAUUUCUUUCGAACUUGUAGAUUUGGAAAAUAGGAAUUUUCUAAAAAAUGUUUUAAAACAAAUUAAAGAAAUUUUGAUACAGAAUAAAUCCUUUUACUAUGGAGAGCAGAGCUACUCAGGGGAAUCGAAGAAGCGAUCCAACCUUCAUUUGGGUGGAGACGGUGCUGCAGAUGAGGUUGUCAAGGGUGAGGAGGUUCCCAGUAAUGUUCCGCAGAAGGAGGAGUCUGUCCCGGGGGAGGUGCAGGACGAGUCGGAAAAGAAAAAUGCAGAUGAGGGUAGCGGCCAGGACGGCGGUGCCAACGAUGAGGACGACAGUGCUCCAAACGCGAUCAACGCGACGAAUACGGCCAACACAACCAACACAGCCAACGCGACGAACGCCACACCCUCCCCCCCCAAUGCCAGCAACCUGGUAAAUAGCGAGGAGGACAAGCACAGGUUGUCGGAUGAUAUCCUCAUGUACAUAAGCGAAAACCACAAGCUCUACGAUAAAGUGAAAAAGCUCGUGUACAUAUUGACGGGGAAAGUUACCACAAAUUUAUACAUGGAAUUUCUGCACCGAAAUAACCACUCCGAUCUGAUUCUGCUAGAUAGUUAUAAAAAUGUAGUGGAUACUAGGAGCAGCAUCACUCACCAUGGGAUCGUAAUAGCGCACGGGUUAAUGCAGACAGGAACAACGUGUGAUGUCUUUUUGCGAUCCAACAUUGAGUGGUUAUCCAAGGCAAUAAAUUGGGCUAAGUUUUCCUCCACAGCAUCGCUUGGUGUGGUGUACAAAGGGCAUGUAAAUGAAUCUUUUAUGGUUCUGUCAUCACAUCUACCAUGCAACGACGUGUCGAGACAAAUUACAAACAACAUGAAUGUAGGCAUAUCACCUAGUGGAGUGUACUCAGAGGGAGGAUCCCUAUAUGCACUUGGAUUGAUACAUGCGAAUUAUAAUACAAAUGAUAAAAAGGUAAAGAACUUUUUACUAGGUCAGUUAAAAUUAAAUGUAAACGAUGAGGUGUUACAACAUGGUUGUUGUCUAGGGUUAGGAUUAGUGUGUAUGGGAGAAAAUGAUGAUGAACAAGUGUAUGAUGAGCUAAAGGGAGUGAUGUACUCAGACUCAGCAGUAGCAGGAGAAAGUGCUGCAUAUGCAAUUGGCCUAUUAAAACUUGGAAGUGGUGAUGAGAAAUGCGUAGACGAAUUGUUAGCAUAUGCACAUGACACUCAACAUGAAAAAAUAACACGAGCCUGUAGUAUCAGUCUGGGAUUUGUCAUGUUCCAAAAAGAAAAAGGGGCAGAUGCAUUGAUUGAAGAAUUAAUUAACGAUAAGGAUGCUAUCAUACGAUACGGAGGAAUGUUUACCAUUGCUAUGGCGUACUGUGGUUUAUCAAGCUAUAAUAAACAUAUAAUAAAAAGGCUACUUCAUUUUUCCGUAUCAGAUGUAAGUGAUGAUGUUAGAAGAGCAGCUGUUAUAGCAUUAGGUUUUGUAUUAUGCAACAGUCCUUCACAAGUGCCAAUGUUUUUAAAUCUCCUAAUUGAAAGCUACAAUCCACAUGUACGUUACGGGGCGGCAUUAGCAUUAGGAAUAGCAUGUGCUGCAUCCGGAAAUGAAGAAGCCAUUAACAUGUUGAUGCCUUUGCUAACGGAUACAACUGACUUCGUUAGACAGAGUGCAUUCAUAUCGUUAGGACUAAUUUUCCAACAAUCUAAUGAACACGUAAAUCCAAAUUUUAAAAAAUAUAAAGAUGAAAUUAUGCGCAUUUUAUCAGAUAAACAUGAAGAUAUUAUUGCGAAAUUUGGUGCUACAGUAGGUGCUGGAUUGUUAGAUAUAUGUGGAAGGAAUGCCAUUUCCACUUUCUUCACAAGAAGAGCAAAUAUUAUUAGACCACAAGCAGCAGUUGGUUUCUGUUUAUUUAGUCAACUGUGGUAUUGGUUUCCACUAAUCCAUAUGAUCAGCUUAACUUUCCUUCCGACUUGUUUAAUUGGACUAACAGAAGAUUUAAGAGUUCCAAAAAAUUUCUCUGUCCUUUCCACAUGCAAGAAUCAGUCGUUCGACUACCCCUCCUUCUUAAGCAAAGAAAAAACGCAAGAGAAGAAGGAAACUGUGACUGCUGUUCUCUCCACCACUGCAAAAAGAAAAACAUUAAAAUUGAGAAAACAGAAAAACGAGAACAAAUUGGCCAAGGAGAAAACAUCCCAGGAUGACAAUAGCUCAGUUUUAUCUGAUGGGAAAUCUAUGAAGAACUUGGAGGUUCUGAGUACCGCUGCCACUGUGGGUCAGUCAAGUCACGUAUCUCAUGCAGAGAGCGUCGAGGGAAGUGCCAAUGACGAGACCACGAAUGAACAGGCCAACGAGACUAGCAACUUUUCCAACUUGCAGAAAAUGAAGAAGGCCGACACUAAGGGAAAGGUCUCGACCAUUCAAUCCAUCAACAACACGGUGGACAUGAAAAAUCCUUGCAGAGUAAUUAAAAUGCAGGAAAAAUUUAUCGAAUACCAGGCCAACAGCAGAUUUAAGCCCAUCCUUCCAUCGCGAAAAUCGGGCUUCAUCAUGCUUGUGGAUACGACACCCUCGGAGCCGUCUGACUUCAUCGAAAUAAAUCUCGAUAACAGCGUGAAGGAGGCCCCCCCUUUUGAGCCUUUCGCAUGGAAAGAUGAAAAUUGA